GAACUACUACAAAAAGCUUUUGGCGUUUCAUUGAAAGCCAGAAGCGCGUGGGAGAAGGUUCCUUUGAAUAAAAAAGUUUAUAUUUUUUUUAAAGCAGGAGAUUUGGUUUCCACAAAAUAUCGUAGUCAACUCGAUGCAUCUACCAUGCUGGGACAAGGCAAAACAGUUUAUCAAGCUGAAAUUGAUGCAGCUUGUGAAUUAGCGGAUUUUUUGCGAUUUAUUGCAGAGUUUGCUCAACGAUUGUAUGAUUAUCAACCAGUAAACGUUGUUCCUUCGAUACAAAAUUCGGUUCGACAUAGAGUGUUGGAAGGAUUUAUCGCCGCUAUUUCUCCAUUCAAUUUCACAGCCAUUGGAGGAAACCUUGCAUAUGCCCCUGCGAUUAUGGGAAAUGUUGUUCUGUGGAAACCCUCUGACACAGCAUUGUUGUCGAACUAUAUAGCAUUCCGAUUGAUGGAAGAAAGUGGAAUUCUUCCUGGCGUAGUGAAUUUCUUGCCUACAGAGGGUCCUACUUUUGGACGAGCGAUUACCAACUCGACGCAUCUAAGCGCCAUUAAUUUCACAGGAUCUGUUCUUACAGUCCACUGGUUGUGGAAGCAAGUAGGAGAAAAUGUUGACCGCUUCCGGAAUUUGCCACGUUUGGUUGGCGAGUGUGGAGGGAAGAAUUACCAUUUGCUUCAUUCAUCUGCUAAUGUGGAGCACGUUGUCAAUUCUACCCUUCGUGGCAAAAGCAGCUAUUUCUGACGGCUUUUCUGAUGGCACAUGAUCGUUGUCAUGAAGAAAGCGAUUUAGUGAAUGAAAGAAUUUUCAAGAUAAUUUGUUUUUCAUACAACAUGUACAAUACCGCAAGGCUAAGAAGCGAGGGUGAGAAAUAAAUCGUAUAAAAGGAGAUAGAAAAGGCCAGAGACACCAGUAAACUGAUCAUCACGGACAAGGCAACAACUUCAGUGCACUACCUGUACCAAGGAUUUUUCUUCAUCGUAUUACUGGUUCGCAACAAUGGUUAACUAUGGCGACAUGCUGCUGUUGGACGUUCCAUCGUUAAUGGCUGGUUCGACUACACUGGUGUUUCCUGGGCUCCAGAGUACUACACCACCAAGGCUCCAAAGUACAAGUCGAAAACUUAAUCUGCCCCGAGUCACAUCACGCAAGCGCCUGAGUACUGCACUGAGUCUUCCAAGUUCUACAACACCAAAGUUCAAGCUACUACACCGAGUCUCCAGAUAUUCACCAUCAGAGCGAUCUUCACCGAAGUGUCCAAGUACUAGACUACAACCUACUGCAGCUCACUGUGUGUCACAACUGUCUUCUUUACCGUAUUAAAUCGGUUUCCAAUCAUGGAUAGCGCUGAUAUGUGAUAUAUUGUUUAAGGCUGGGUCGACCACGGGUGCACUGAUGUCUCCUGGAUAUGGCCGAUACCAAAUCACCACAAGCUGCCAUACUUCACAACAACGAGGUCCAAGUACUAAACCACUGUGGGAUGGAAUAUUACAAGACUGCUGCUACUUUCUACUACACCAAGGCCCCUAAUCCCCUACUGGUUGUCUACUGAAAUCACCUCCAUACUCAAGUUUGAAAAAAUAAGUUUUGAUUUUCGCAACAAUUUUAUUUAACUUUCUAAAAAUAAAACAUUCAUGGUUCGUAUGUGUGAUAAACUUUUAUAAUUAAAUAAAUUGUUUUCUACUGCCAAAUAGUGUAUUUUUUAAUAUAAUCAUGAAUGGUGUACAGACCUGAAAAAUGUCUGUUUCUAGUCUGUAAAAUAGUCAACUCAACGAGCUGCUUUUGGGGAUUGGGAAAAUGAUGUUGUUCGAGCAAAUAGACAAUUUUCCAUUUCUAGUAAUGUUAAUACAAAAAUUACGCGUAGAUGUUUUUUUCGUUAGGAUCCACUCCCCGGCGUUUAAAAAAUGCCCGAAGGACAUUACCGAAGGAAUCUUGUUC